AUGAGAACCGGCCUCCUCAACCUCAGCGAUGAUACAUUACAAUACAUCGGAUCUCUCAUUCAUGGCGAUACCGACAUUCCCUUGCCUAGCUUUCAUCCUCACACUCUCAACUUCGCUACCGAGAUUGAUCCAGUUGUCCAUAAGGAUUAUAUGAGUUUUAGGGCAACUUGCAAGAGGCUAUUAGAACACAAGAACGAUGCUCCGCAAUCGGUCAGAGAGGGUAUCAGACGACUACACAUCGAUAUUUUCCGUUCCUCCACCGGAAACGACUCGCUUGUAGUCUGGCAAACCUUCUCAACCUUCCUAAUGUCGCUCAAAUCCCUGGAGGAAAUUGUCAUCAAACAAUCACCUCUUUGUGCAUUCCGACAUGCGCACAGUGAUUUCAGUGGACGCCACCCUGACUUCCGCUUCAUACACCAGGUUCAAGCCAUGGCUUUCGAGAUGAAAUGCUCGGAAUGUGCCAAAUCUCUCCCCAAAUCUUUAGCUUUAGGUUCAAAGCCACUCAGAACGCUCAAGUUGGCGCAUUUACAAGGGGUCAAUCGAGAUGAGACACUUAUCAAGGAAUUGAGCAACAGAGACGUUUACUUUUCGCACUGUUUACGUACCCUCUACGUCAAGAUCGACGGAGACACAGAUGGAAUCGCUUCCCUUGAGAAAAUAGCUGAGGAUCUGCCUUAUCUCCAAACACUUGCCCUCUCUUCUUUCAGCCAUGUUCAUGACCUUCUUGGACCGUUCCAUUCAUUCGCACAUACCAACUCACUAUCCGAUCUCAGCUGGGCAUUCAAACUUUGCUGCGACGAAUACUACGAUCAUCUCAUGGACCCUGAAUCAAUCCAGUCCUUUCCUGUAGAUCCCCGUUGGUCCUCCUUUCUCGAAACCCUCGCCAAGUUCAAGCAUUUGAGAUCAUUGGAUCUCACCAUAAACGUCAUUAUCUGUAACAAGCCUUUGUCUGAUGCGCAUCAGAACAGAAACCUCAAAAGAUCGACAGUGGAAGCUCAGAAUUUGGCCCGUCGAGGACAACCCAGUCGAAAUGACUUUUUACUUUCCGCGAUGAAAGCCGCAGCCGUCCUUAUGGUGAAACACGUCCCGACACUCGAGUCCGGUUAUCUCUGGGACCAUCAUUUCGAUCGUGUUUAUUCGGAACACGACGAUCGUUCUUACAGGUACUUUUGGAAACGCGAGUCAUCGGAAGAUGGAAAUUGGGAUAUCACAAUUUCGGAUACUAUGGAGUGUUUUCAUGAUGACGCUAUGAUCAACGAGGAUGGCUCGGCGUAA